AUGAAAACUUACUUGUUGAAAAGGCUGGGACUGGCGUUAAUAGCCAUAAUCGGUUCCAGCAUUCUGAUUUUCUUCAUCAUGCGGGUGAUACCCGGCGAUCCCGUUUCUGCUUUGCUGGCGCAGGCAGAAUUGGGCCUGACGAAUGAAGAAAGAGAUGCCAUGCGCGCCCAGUUUGGCCUCGAUCUGCCAAUCUAUCAGCAGUAUCUGAAAUGGGUAUGGGACGUAGUACGGCUGGACCCGGGUAUCAGCCUGGUACGCCAGAAUCCGGUGCUGGAGAACUUUGGCAGAGCUUUUCCGGUUACCGCUGAGCUGACCAUCAUCAGUCUCAUUUUUGUCGUAGUCUUCUCCCUCUUAUUAGGAACCAUCACCGCAGUGCGCCAGGAUACCUGGCUGGACUAUGUGGUUCGGAUUACUGCCAUUGGCGGCCUGGCAAUUCCAGUGUUCUGGAUCGGAAUUAUGGUGAUCCUGGCCCUGUUGUUCUGGUUCAACUACACCAACCCCCUGGUGUACGUCCCAUUCACCAGGGACCCGGUAACGAACUUGCAGCAAUUCCUGCUGCCGGCGUUCAUCGGAUCCAUUCGAAGCAUAGCAAUAUGCGCCAGAAUGGUGAGGUCUUCAAUGCUGGACAUACUGGACGAGGAUUACGUCCGAACCGCCUAUGCCAAGGGUUUGCGGGAAAGCGCGGUGGUUGUCAGGCAUGCCCUCAAGAAUGCCUUCAUGCCGGUGGCGACCUUGUACGGCGUGACCCUGAUUGGCCUGUUUAAUGGUGUGGUGGUGGUGGAGGUCGUCUUCAACCUGCCCGGUUUGGGCCGGCUUCUGGUUGGCUCGGUGGCGGCGCGGGAUUACCCCACUGUGCAGUUCCUGAUCCUGGUAUCGGUUAUCUUCGCCAGCGUGAUAAAUCUCCUGGUGGACCUGACUUAUGCAAUGCUUGAUCCCAGAAUCAGGGUUUCCAAUUGA